CUUUGAACGCGCGAGCGCACGGCGCGCAGACGCGUUGACGUCUAUUUUGUGCGCGCGGGCGCCGCGCCGAGCCCGGCUGGAGCAGGAAGAGAGGAAGCGCGAGAGCUGGAACCAUGGGGGAGAGGUGAGACCCUCGUGUGCAGAAGAGGAGAGCGCGUGUGAACCAGUGCGGCGGAGACACCACCCUAUCCUGUAGAUAGUGCUGGAUAUUCUGUUUCGCUGUGAGCACAAUGUUGUAAAUUAAGGAGCACCCGACCUGAGCCUGGCGUGGUGAGCCUAUCCGCUUCUGAUCACUCAGACUGACUCUAUCCUCGCCUGCCUGUAAGACACGACAAACAGCAAAGAGCGACAGCAGCAAGUUGUAACAGGCGAACUCCUGGUGACCGAGGACUGGCAGUUCUCCGAAGUGGCCGGCCACACCUUGCGGGACGGACCGCGCUCCCCGAGAGAGGAUGAAUGUUGAUGCCGGGCACUUCACCAGCUGAGCGACCGCACAAACCCGCCGCAGAAUCAGAGCCCGCCUCCGUUUCGAACUCUCUGCUCGGACUGAAUCUCAUCCUGCGAGCAAACCAGGGCGUCCGGGAACAGGAGUGACUGACUUCUGUCAGGAGUGGAACCUUUUUUUUUAUUUAAAAAAAAAAGAACCCAGUGCAGAGAAGGCUGGCUCAUGCUCCGAACAAUCAGUGCAAGAGAUUUCCUGACUGGGGGGCCUACCCGAAAGUGACACAUUUCCUCUUAGCCGAGGGUGAGUGGCUAGCACCCAAGGCUGCCAAAGUACAGAAAGCAAAGUCAGCUCUCUGAGCACAGAAAUAAAGGAGACAGAGAAGGAGGAAUAACUGGGAAUCCAGGCAGAAUCUCUGAUAAUCCACUGCACAGUCUGGACCCGAGGGCUCAACCUGCCCUCCGCUUCACACUUGGUGCGACCCCCUCCGAGGACAAAAUGGGCAGAUAGGAUUGAAGCCGCUUCUCCUGACCUUCCUUCCCACAGGUUGAUGGAGUUGGACUGACGGCGGGGGGGAGGUGAGCAGCACGUGGACCGGGAGAGAAUGCUGCGGCGGACCAGCGUGAUAGUCUGGGGGGUGCUGCUCUUCAUUGGUUGGAACCUGCUCCUGCUCUUCUUCCUGUUGGGCCGCCCGCCAGCCGGGGGGAACCCCGACCCCGAGCAGCUGACCCGCGAGGUGGUCAAGGUGGCUGAGGAGGUGGAGACGGAGCUGGAGAACCAGAAGAAACUGCUGCAGCAAAUCCAGCACCACCGGGGCCUCUGGCAGCGGGGCAAGAUGCCACCGGCGGUGGAAGGGGUCACCGCCGCCGGCGACCUCCGGGUCGAGGACGUGGUGCUGCCAGUGCUGGUGAUCGGCUGCGACCGCCCCACCAUCCGGCGGUGCCUGGACAAGCUGCUGCACUACCGGCCCUCCAAGGAUCUCUUCCCCAUCCUGGUGAGUCAGGACUGCGGUCACGAGGAGACGGCCAAGGUGAUCGCCUCGUACGGCGACCAGGUGAUGCACAUCCGGCAGCCUGACCUUUCCGACCUGCGGGUGCCACCCGAGCACCGCAAGUUCCAGGGUUACUACAAGAUCGCGCGGCACUACCGCUGGGCCCUCAACCAGGUCUUCCACACCUUCAAGUACCAGGCGGCCGUCAUCGUGGAGGACGACCUGGAGGUGGCACCCGACUUCUUCGAGUACUUCCGGGCCCUCUUCCCCCUGCUGCUGGAGGACCCCAGCCUCUGGUGCGCCUCAGCCUGGAACGACAACGGCAAGGAGCAGAUGGUGGACACCAAGCAGCCCGAGGCCCUGUACCGCACGGACUUCUUUCCGGGCCUGGGCUGGAUGCUGCUGAAGGCCACCUGGGAGGAGCUGGAGCCCAAGUGGCCCGGCGCCUUCUGGGACGACUGGAUGCGCAGCCCUGCUCAGCGCCGCGGCCGAUCCUGCGUCCGGCCCGAGGUCUCGCGCACCAUGACCUUCGGCCGCAAGGGGGUCAGCAACGGCCAGUUCUUCGACCAGCACCUCAAGUUCAUCAAGCUGAACGACCGCUUUGUGCCUUUCACCCAGCAGGAUCUGUCCUACCUCAAGCAGGAGCACUACGACCUGGUCUUCCCCGAGCGGGUGUACAGCGCGCCGGCCGUGCGGGUGGAGGAGCUGCAGCGCAAUGAGCGGGCGGAGCUGCGCCAGGUACGGGUCCAGUACUCCUCCCGGGACACUUUCAAAGCCUUCUCCAAAGCCCUGGGCGUCAUGGACGACCUCAAGUCGGGCGUGCCCCGAGCUGGCUACCGCGGCAUUGUCAGCUUCAUGUACCGUGGCCGCAGGGUCUACUUGGCACCCCCCAAAGACUGGACAGGCUACGACCCCUCCUGGAGUUAGCCCCGUGCCAACCUCCCCUUCUGCCUCUUGUGCCCUUCAGGACUUUUUUUUCACUAAGACUCCCCCCAACCGCCACCCCCCACACCGAACCAACCCCUCUGUCUCUCUCUAAGUCAGAAAGCUGGGCACGGAGGGGGACAUCCUUGGCAGACAGAUUGCUGACUGGCGGUCAGAACCAGUGUGAUCUGCGCCCCUGGUAACGAGAUGCUCUCACCGCCUGGGAAAAGGAAUCUGACUUGAGCGGCUUCAGACUGACAAUCCUGCAUGGGAGGGAAGGGGGAAGGGGAAGGGGCUGUCCAAGUGACCAACAACUAAAUUGAGAGCUUUAUUCGGCCAAAAUGGCCAUGGGGGUUGGGAGCAGGGUUGACCUGAGAUUUGGCGGGGGGGGGGUCAGGAUCAGCCUCAGAGCCUCAUUGGCUGCUGUGGAUUUUAAAUGUCCUCAUUAACCCCGACCCUGAAUGACUCCCCACCCCACCCCUAAACCCCCUGCCUUCAGCCUCUGGCCCUGCAGCAUCAUGUUAGCCUGGGGGCAGAACUGUAUCAAAGUGAGAAUGAGCUUCUCACUCUGUUGCAGGGUGGGGUGGGGUAGUGGGUGGUGGUGCAGUUACUGCCAUGGGGAUAGCGUCCAAGAACCCCGACAGUGACAUUUUCAGACAACCACAGGAAGAGGGAGCUGAAAUUCCUCUGUACCAGCACAAUCAGACCGCAGGUUGGCCCAGGGGGAGGGGUGGGGUGGGGGUGUUGGAAUACUUCUGUAGAAAUGGUUUAAACAGUGGAGUGGUCCUUCACCUCCCUGAUACAGAGAGUGGAAGCCACCCAAUUUUCCUUUGGUUUAUUUCCUGUGUGCGCCCCACCUCCCCUCCCCUCCCCCAGCCCCGACACUCAACCCAGACAUUUUUUAAUGCCCAGGGAGAGGGUGAAGCCAAAAAUUACCUACUCUAAGGCUAAAGGAGAGAGUAAUUGCAGAGGCUGGCAGUACAUCUAUCAUAAGUUAUUUCACUACCCCCCCCCCCCCACCACCACCACCUCCUCCAAAUCCCAGUUAAAUCAUAGCAUGAUGUCCUUGUCAUUUGACAACAGUAUGCAAGAGGUUCCCCAUUAUGGUCACCUCACUCCUCCGAAUCGGAAACUGCCUUUCAGCAAGUUUUAAUGAAAGAUACGGCAGGAGCCGACGCCUUAGCAGCUUUGGUUGG